CUUCCAUUAUAAUACUAAAGUAUACAUUAUACAGUAUAUAUUAUUAAAUAACCUACUAGGGCUACACCAGAAUACAGGACAUUUUAAACGCUUCAUCAUUUUCGCCUGAAUGAUUCUCUACAGGUAUCGCGGGAAUGUCCUCACUCCGUCACGUGACUUCUCCUCACGCUCUCUUAUCAGGGAAGACGAGUCACGUGAUUUCUCAGGCAGACCUGUUACCAUGGAGAUUCGGUUUGACUGAUGCACGGCUCGGAUCCGACAGAGCAUCGAGACUGCGUUUCUGCAUGAAAAUUAACCAAAUAAAAACAGCAAUUAAAGCAACAAAGACGAGAGUUUCCUCACUCUGGCUGCUGCGAGACGGCAGAAUGCAGUUCGCUCCUCCGGUCAGCAAGAACAGGAUCAUCUCCACGUUUCCCAGGUGUUAUAAUCCACAAGCAUGUCUACAGAUGAAGGAAGACUGGAGCUUGAAAGCUAAACAGACUUUUAAAGACCGAGGCAGCAGACAGCAGAGUCUGGACCGAUUGAAGAUGUCGAAAGCCGUCGUCGUUGGAGACCUGAACGUAGGGAAGACCUGCUUGAUUAACAGGUUCUGUAAAGACGCUUUCGAUCGUGACUACAAGGCCACCAUCGGGGUCGACUUCGAAAUCGAGCGGUUCGAAAUCUGCGGGCUUCCCUUCUCCCUCCAGAUCUGGGACACUGCCGGUCAGGAGAAGUUUAAAUGCAUUGCCGCAGCGUAUUACAGAGGAGCUCAGGUGAUCGUCACCGUGUUCGACAUGACAGACAUUAAAACACUGGAAAACACCAAACAGUGGCUGACGGAGGCUCUGAACGAAAACGAACCAGACGCCUGCUUUAUUUUCUUGGUCGGAACCAAAAGAGAUCUGCUGUCUCCAGAGGAAUGCCAGAGGACAGAGAGAGACGCAGUAAGGAUUGCGUCGGAGAUGAACGCAGAGUUCUGGUCCGUCUCUUCCAAAACGGGAGAAAACGUGCAGCAGUUCUUCUUCCGUGUGGCUGCUCUGGCGUUUGAAGACUCUGUCCUGAAGGACACGGAGCUGGGCUACAACGCGGCACAGAUCGGAGACGGAGACGUUCUCAAAGUGGAUAAAAGCCCAGCAUCUGCUGAGGUGAAGGAGGAGAAAAAGAGCUGCUGCUGAUGAUCUGGAGAUAUUCUGCACUACAUCACCCUCAUGACCAUAAACAGCAGGUCGAGAAUUUAAAAGGGAAAAAAACAGAAACUCACAGAACCACGGCCCAGUCGAGCGUCUCUUCACACAAUCACCUGCUCCGAGUGAACUGAAGUAAAAACCCUGAACUUUUACAGCUCCAGCUUCAUCCUGGUGUUUAUUCUCUCAGUAUUAGUGUCCUAUGUUAAUCACUGCCCCUGCAGAAAUCACAUACAGUUCAGUUUAUUUCUACACCUUUUUGGAGCAGAGUGUAAAGCUGACUGCCUCUUUCACAGAAGAUUUCAUUCAGUAUUUAAUCAAAACCCGACCCUGGAACUGAGCGGAGUUUAAAAUCACAGUUAUUAACAUGAUUUUGUGUUAUUUUAUUAUUUUACCUAGCAUUUUUUACAGCAUUAAAUAAAGUACU